UUCAUUCAAAAUAUUGUGCCUGUGAUAUUUCUAUAAAUAAAAUACUAAUCUUAUGAUUGUGAUUAAUUCGUGUCCGAAUACUUCUUUAACUUAACAAAAGCAUUCAAUAAUGUAAAUUAAGUUAAUAUAAUAUUUAUAUGAUAUUUAAUAUAUAAUUAUUCUUGUAUAAGGAAUGUAAAUCAAUAGCCUAUUUAAUGAAUUCUCAUGCCAAACAAAAAUAUUGUGAGAAAAAUAUCAGCCACAUCGUAAAAAUUGGACUGCCACAAGGCACAAAACUGGGCCCAGUGCAUUUUUAGAACUAUACAGAUAAGUGUGUGAAAUUAAACAGUGGACUUAUUAGUUAAGAAGGACUUUUAGUAUUAAGUGUAUCACAAUGUCGUAAAAUUUUAAUAUAUAAAAUGAAAAAUUCUUUUACUGAAAGUCAUGCAAAGAAUGUAGCAUUAUAAUGAAAAUACAUAAAAAAACAUUUUUCCUCUGGAAUUCAAUUAUUCCGAUAUACAGCGUCAAAUCAUAAUUUUUAACAUUGUUUUACAAUGCUUGCAAUGCAGUCAAAUCUAUGGUUACUUUACAUGAUUCAUUAUGCGACUACUUCGGGUACAAGAAGAAUAAAAGAUGGUGUGCCAGUAGAGACACCUAAAAGAUAUGUGGUAUAUUUAGUGAAAGCACCAUUGUCGAAGGUUCCAUACGACAGUUGGUUGUGUGGUGGUGCGAUUGUUAGCAGUGAAUUUGUAAUAACUUCAGCGGCUUGUGUCAACGAUGUAGACUAUAUGUAUGUCAUAUCAGGAUACAAUAAGUAUGUUCCCAAUACUGAACUCGAAUUGGACAAGUGUACUGCGUCGAAGAAGAAAAAGGUUAUAUAUACUUGUGUGCCUAAAGGUUACCAACUAAAGUACGGAGAGCUAGAUUACUGGUCACUUAUAGAUAUAGCUUUAGUCAGAGUAGAAUCACCUUUUGAUUUCAAUGAUGCUACGUAUGAAGAAUUAUGCUCUUACAAACCAACUCCCAUUGCCAUCAAUUACGAAGAAAAGUAUCAGGCACCUGGCACUGAUGCUCUUGUGCUGGGCUGGGGACAUUUAGAUAAAUAUCGAAAGAAAAAAGAUGAUGAAAAUCACAAUCAAGAGUUGCUGAAUUAUGCUCCAACGUUGUUACUCAAUAAGACGACUUGCAUAGAACAUUAUGAAGACUACACAAAUAUGAGUUAUGUUAUAGAAACAUAUAUGAUAUGUACUCUAGGCAAAGGCAAUAUUGAUGAUGGAGGCAAUACAAUCGUGACUAGUUUACCGAUAGCAAAUGGAUGCACUAGAGAACAGUCGAAGGUAUUGGGAUUUGAAGGAGUAUCAUGUGAAGAAGAAGACGAAGUAGACGACUAUAGUGGCGAACCAAGAAGGCGAGUAGAUGAUAAAGAAGAACCUAUAAAUCAGACGUACUAUGAUAAUAUGGAAUCAGGAUUUAACCAGACGUUCGAUUGGAGCUGGUUAGGGAAUGGAAGGAGAAGUGGAAUUUGCCAGAAUGACCAUGGUGGGCCACUUAUCACGUGGUCAGGAGCUCGAGAGAUUUUAAUAGGUGUGGCUUCAGUGUUCAAAGUGUCAGAGCAUUAUGACUGCAUGGGCCCCUACUUAUUUACGAGCACACUCUGUACUGGACUGUUCUUGGAUUGUAUAUUAACUUCCGAAAUAGCAACCAGUCCAAAUGAUACUGAAAAUACUGCUCGACGAGACUUAUGCGAUAGACCGUCAUAUGAAAAGGGAUAUGAGACAGUUGAAAGGCACAUAAAAUGGAAGGAUCAUCCUCCACCUGUCCAAACUGCUUAUAAUGGCAGAAUUGACAGAUCAAGAUCGGAGGCAAAAUCUGAUCCAAACGACGGCCGAACUAGUUUCGUAUCAAGCGAGAAUAACCAAGAAACGGGAACUGGAAAACAUCCAAUGAACAAAAUGUAUUUUAAUAUUAAUAAACCGUUGCGAGCAAGCGCACCAAAAGUAGACAAUCCAGUUGAAGAAAAGAAUAAGAAGCAAGAAAAUGAAAAAGCCGUUGCUGAUGAUGCUUCAGAUAUUAAUGAAAGAUAUCUAGCAGCACCAGUUAUUCCCGAAGCAGCUGCAUUACCACACAAUCAGAUACCUCCGCCUAAUAAGGCUGUAAAUGCCACUUUAAAUACACACGUCAAGUUUUCUACUAUUGAACCAGCCACUGCAAGAUUGCAACAAAAUGCUCAGGGUCACAUGUCACCACAAAAUGAAGGUAUACUUUUAAAUAAUGGUAUGUCAGCUAAUAAUGCUGGUAAUAAAGGUGUUAUAAAUAACAGAAUACCUAUAAUGAAUGGUAGGUCGACAAAUAUUGGUGGGCCCAUAAAUAACGGUAACCUUGGACAUAAUGGGAUGUAUGGAAGUAACGGAGCGCCUGGGAAUAAUAGAAUUGCUGGAAAUAACGGAAUGUCUACAAAUAAUGCAAUGUCUGGAAAUAACGGAAUACCUAGAAAUAACAGAGUGCAAGUAAAUAACGGUAUGCCUGGGAAUUACGGACUGAAUUUAAAUAAUGGUUUACCUGGAAAUAAUGGAAUACCUAGAAGUAACAGUAUGCAAAUGAAUAACGGAAUGCAUGUUAAUAACGGUAUGCCUGGAUAUAACAGAAUGCAAAUAAAUAAUGGAAUAAGGAAUGAAAUGCCUGGUAAUAACGGGUUGCCUAGAAAUAACGGAAUAACUCGAAGCAACCAAAUGCAAUUCAAUAACGGAAUGCCUGGAAAUAACCGAAUGCAAGUGAAUAACGGGAUGCCAAUAAAUAAUGCAUUCCCUGGAAAUAUUAGAACGAACGAUAGAGUGCCAGGAAAUUAUCAGUUACAAGGAAAUAAUAGAUUAGCAGUAAAUAAUAAUUUGCCUCAAAAUAAUGGAGCACAAACAAAUUUUCAAAACAAUGGUUAUCAAAGAAAUGUUGGACUAAACGCAUAUAACAAUAAUCAGUUGAAUACUCAAAACAAUGUACCACCAAAUGCUGAGCUGCAGAGUAAUUACAAAUUCAUAGCCGCUGAUAGACGGACAAGAAAUUUCAAAGAACCAGUAAUCGAUGGGCAUCCAUCAAACCAAAAUACUAGAAAACAAAAUAACCCUUUCAAUAAUAAUAACCCAGGAAAUCCAAUUAAUGAGAAAUAUCAGGUAUUUAGAACAAAUGGGAAUGAACCAGGUGUGCAAAAUGCGGUCAGUGAAAAAUAUCAAACUAAUUCAGCUUCAAAUGUAGAUCAGAUAAGUAAACCUAUACUGAGGUCACUGAAGCCUAUCCAAGCUCUCCCUAUAGUUUGAACGAAUUAACAGGAGUAUUGAUUUUUAGUGUCAAUCAAAUGCAAAAGUUGUUAGUGUCAUUCUUCUUUUGUCUAUUCUGUUUUUUUUUGGGUGAAUGUAUUGUUUUUAUUGUGUUUGUUCUGUUAAAUAUUGCUAUUAUCAGCAUAUUAGCAGAUAGAUUUAUGUAUAAGUAUGUAUAACAUUGUGUAAAAUUAGUAUCUAACUAACUUGAAUGACAUCUCUAUCGUUUCUACACACUAACAUACUUACAUACUAAAUUUAUUUAAAUGUUUUUCGGCUUACUCAUGUAAUUAUUUGACGAGGAACUCGACUAGUUUCCUACAGCGCAACAGUCGCCGCGUCGUGCAUGAAUUCUAGUCAAAUAAUUACGUGAAUAAGCCAAAAACAUAAUAAUUAAUCAAUGUACUCUUUCUUGAUGUGUCGU